AAGAGAUGCGCAAUAGCGCUGGUCGUCAACAGGAACACGGCGAACCUGGCUUUCAUUUCCCAUGCUACCUUGCGCGUCAGCUGAUCUAAUCACUGUCUAUGUCGCCUGCCCGCUUCUGUUUUCUUGGGUCAGCGAAGAAGAGUGACAGAUAUCACACGACUCGUGCUCAUGUUGAUUCGGUGAGAGGGAAGCAAACGCAUCAGCCACCGCGACAAAUAAACGCAGAACAUGUGUGUAAAGUGGGAUUAACUGAAGCUAGAGGAGCCAUGUUGGCCACCCAGACACCUGAGAGCGGCCCAGAAACGAGAGAUGUUAAACAGUGGAUCAAGGACAAGAUCGCACGGACGCUAAAAGUCCUGCAGAAGCGUUACAUCAUCACAGACACGGCGGUCACCAGCGAGGACCUGGAGGCUAACCUGCUGUGUUGUGCUUUGGAGGCGGUCUUCAUCCAUGGAAUCAAGAGCAAGUUCAUCCGGUUUGAUGGAAGUCACGCACGCAAAGGAGGGUCACGAGGAGCACUUCCUCAGCCCGUCUUCUGGAGCCUGUUGAAGACCGUCACCCACAGGGAUGUAGUUCAAGAACUGGAACGUCUAAGCUUCAUAAACUCAGACAUUGGCCGCUGCAGAGCAUGGGUUCGCCUGGCGCUAAAUGACGGGCUUCUGGAGUGUUACCUGACCUCGCUGCUUCGCGAAGGCUCCAAACUGGGCUCCUACUACCAGCCCGGGGCUCUUUUGCUGGACCCGGAGGACCGUGAGGUUCUCCUCACCCUCCUGCAGGGUUUGUCCUCGAUGACCUUCCAGCUCUCCUAUAAAUCAGCUGUGCUGAAUGAGUGGACCAACACACCCCUGGUCCUCGCGGGUCUGUGUCCCCCAACGCCUGCCGAUGAGCACAUUGUAGGCCCCAAGCGCAAGGAGUCUUGGGAUACGGUCUCCCAGUCAUCCGGAGGCUCUGGAAGCUCAGACUGGGCUCAGGAUGUGCUCCAGAGGGAGCCGAGGAGAGAGCAGAGCGAGGGCUGUGAGCCGAACACUCCACUGACCACGUCAAACCUCAGUCUGGACACGUCAGGAUCGUCGCAGCUGUCCUCCAGCCUGAGUUCGGAUAGUCUGCUGCAGGGUCAGGAGCUCAGGAGUCCAGAGAAGGAGCACUGGAGUUGUGACACGGAGAUCAGCCAAAACGCACAACAGAAGAUCACCGCUACAGAAGACAACAGUUCCUCUAAUCAGGACUUGAAGGAAGACUUUGAUGGGAUCAUACCAGCUUCAGACUCUGCAACACAAGCUGAUAAUGACAACACGCACAUGCCUGACACGUCUCCAGCAGCUGCCCAGGGCACACAUCAAUCAGAUGCACACAUCUCGGAAGAAUCUAAAGCAUGCUCAGAAAACUUACAGGAGACGGAAGAACCCAAGACUCUAGUUAAAACUGCCACAGUCACCGAGACUCCAGAAAAUAAGCAGAAGAACUCAUCUGUUGAUUCCCCUUCAGUUUGUACUUCGACCAAGACUGUUGAGAAGACCUCUGACCGUAAAGACCCUGGUGCUCUUUCUUCAGAGACCUCUACUGCCUCUAGUUCAGUGGAGCAAUCCCAACAUGCUGCAUACAGACGCUCCGCGAGUACCAUCAGCAGGAAAACCUCCUCCGACUCCCUGUAUUCCUCCUGCAAAUCCACAUCUUGGAUAUCAGAGGAGGAUUUCUACAAACCAGAAAAAAUGGACAGUUCUGAACCGUAUGUCAUCAUUGACAUCGCACAGAUGAAUGGGCAAGAGACGCCUACCUCUGAACCAGACGGCAUCCAGUCAACACCUAGUGUAGUGCACCGGAGACACAACGGUCUUCCUAACCCGUUCAGGGGUCUGCUGAAGCUGGGUCAGCUGGAGCGGCGCAGUGCGGUGGGCAUGUGGUGGGAUUAUUACUGCGAGCUCUCUCCGUUUGAGCUGCGGCUUUACGUCAACGCAGAGGAGCGAAUCUGCUACGAAAACCUGUCCCUGCUGCGCUGCGAAGAUGUCCACCUGUCCUCCAGUACCGAGGGCAGAUUCCGACUCUCCUUCCUGAGCAAAAGAAUCUACCUGCGCGCGCCGUCUCGAGGAGAGGCAGAGGACUGGGUGGAUCGCAUCGUGGAGGCCAUCAGCAAACUACGGCCCAUGAUGAGAGACGAACAGUGGGAGGUGCUCCACACGUCCCACGACCAGGACGUUCCCUCGCCGACACCCUCAAGCCCCGAGCACACCAUCUCAGCGCUUCCGGAUACUCCACAGUUAGAUUGGGCCCGUCAUAAGGACCCAGAACCAGAUGCCAUAAAGGAAGCGGUGGUCUAUCAGAACUUGGAGGAGAAGGGUUGGCGGUCUGUUUUACUUUCUCUCUCCCUGGAGGCCCUCAGAGGGUACAGGGUCCAAGGGGACUCAAAGACACCCCUGUUCUCACACCCCAUUGGGAACAUCAGGGAUGUGGUUCCUGAUGUCUCUCUAGGAAGUCCAGCGUUUUUUAAGGUUCUGACUGCGCGGGACACUCUGACGCUGCGGGCGGAGAGCGGUGAGGAAGCUCGAGGAUGGAGGAGUCUGAUCAGAGGAGCGCUCGACUCGUAUCUGGAGACGGAGGACGAUGGAGCGGUUCAGGGCGUCUCAGCAGUGGGCAGUGUCCACAAGCUGGUCCAACUCAGACUGAAGGGAGAUGGGGUGCUGCUGUCUCACCUGUCUACUGUCCCGAAUGAGAGAGGACUAGAUGCGCAAAACUACAAAUGUGCAGGUUGUCCUCGUCAGAUCGGUAUGUCUCUGGGGAGAGCCAGACUCUGUGAGUUCUCGGGUCAGUACUACUGUGAGAGCUGCCAUCAGGGAGACGCAAGCAUCAUCCCCUCCCGCAUGCUGCACAACUGGGACCUAUCAACACGUGAGGUCUCAAAACAAGCCUUUAAGCUGCUGACUGAAAUUGAGCACGAGCCGCUCCUACACCUUGACGUUUUGAAUCCUGACCUGAUUGAUCACACUGACAUCAUGGAGAAAGUGCGGAGCCUGAGACAAAGGCUUCGUUUUCUUGGAGACUACAUCCUCAUCUGCCGCAGCGGCAUCAGCAAACAUAUCCAGUCCAGACUUCAGCAGCGGACAUACUUACUGGAUAACAGCGAUCUAUACAGUGUAUUGGACUUGCAGCAGAUAGCAGACGAGCACUACGAAUCUUACCUGCAGUCUCUGAUCCAGUUUGGGUCCAAGCACGUGCACAACUGUGACCUCUGCACACAAAGGGGCUUUAUAUGUCAGAUCUGCAACACCGACAACAUCAUCUUCCCUUUCCAGUUCGACAGCACCACCAGGUGUGACGUCUGCAAAACGGUGUUUCAUUCCUCCUGUAAGGCAAAGUGUCCGGUCUGCCCACGCUGUGUUCGCAUGCAAAAGUAUAUGGAGAGGGAUCUGGAGGACUGAUUUAGCUGUUAGUUAGAAACAGGUCAAGCUACAAGCUCAAAAUCCAGGGUUAGUACUAUAUUAUUGUAAUACUCCAUCUAAAACGUAUUCUUUUUCUCAGUAGCUGACUUACUGGAAGCGUUUGCUCAGUUUUUCACACUAAGCGUUUUAUUUGACUCGCGGCCUUAAGUGCACUUAUUGACACAUUCAUCUGUACAUAUUUACUCACAUCAGCACUCCCAUGCGUGUGUUCUUUCAUGAAAUGUCAAUAAUGCCAAACCAACACUUUUUUUCUGCAAUGAUGGGAGAACUGUUAUUAAAGCUAUGAUUUUCGCUUUUCAACUUUAUGCAAGCACAAUUGACGGUUAAUCGGGCUUCACGUGUAAUUCUGCAGGUUUGUGUUCAGAAUCAUAAGUCUUAGUUCCCCUUUUGUUUCUUGUAUAGUCACUAUUGAUUGUCAAGCCAAGGAAGUCUUUAUUUAUGAAACAUAAGGUACUUGAAUGCCAAGGAUCUUAUAACUCUUGUUUUUAUAGAUUUUUUUUUUUUGUUUAUUUUGUUUUUACAUCUGAAUGUCACAUGCCAAGUUUUAUAAUUAUGAAGCAUUACAAGUUUACAAAGCAUUGUAUGCAUUAAUAAGCAUAUUGUUGUAUAUGCAGGUAUUGUACGCAUGAGGAUGGUUAAUGGAAUAAUGAAAUGUACCAACACUUACAACCUGCUUUAACAGGUCGUUUUUGUAUGAUAUUGUGCCUUUAUUUUCAAGUUUGAGUGUAGCAUUCGUCACUAAAAUGGGAUGUGCCAAAAAUGUAACCAUUAUAAGCCAAUGUGAAUGCCACAAAAUCAGUUUAGAAAUCUAAUUGCUGACAUUCAUCUCUGUGGAUGAUAAAAAGGAUAAACUCUUUUAUAUAUAUUAGUUUCCUGGUUUAAUGAAUGCAUAUGAAGGUUGACUGCUGCUUCAUUAGCACUAUAUUGGAAACUGAAAUAAGAAAGAACAUUCUUCCUUUUUUUUUUUUUUUUUUUUUUGUACUACUUUUUAACUGCUGUUUUUCCUGAUAUUUUUGACAAGUUCAUUAUAUCACCUGUUGAAGAAAAUUCCCAGAUGACUCUGUCUUUCUUAUGUUUUGCCACUAGAGGAGGCAAAAGUCUUAACAUGACUGUCAAAAGAGAUCCGCCUGUCAAUUCAUGAAUACCGAAGCUUUGCUCUGGUCUAUAAGCAAAAGUAAUUCACAUUCCUAAUGUUUUAUCCUUUUAACUUCUUUUCUUUUUAAUGUUAUUAUUAAAACUUAUUUGGAGUAAAUGCCUCAAUAUAUGUAGGGAUGGGUACCGAAACCCGGUAUUAAAUCGGUUUCGGGGCUAAAUUAUGAAAGACCGGAGUAUCGAUAAGCUCUGACGUUAUCGGUUCUGCUGUCGGUACUGGAGAAAUCAAGAAAACACACAUACAUUUAUUGUUACUAUAUAUACACAUUAUUUUGCAAAUUAUAUUUCACCAGAGUUGCCAGCUGUUAUGUGCAACAAUAUUCAAACAUCUGUCUAUGAUACAUUUUUGCUAUUCGCAAUUCAGAAACGAGAACGCGCUUACGCGGAGGAGUUUCAGCACGUGCAACAUGAAAGCCCUGUUUAAUUAUGAUAGAAGAGAGAACUAACUAUUCAAACAUCUGCUUAUGCUUUAGGCCUGUGGCUGUUAUAUUAAGCUUAGAAGCCAAAAUCGAAAUAAAAAAUAAAUAAACUAAGUAUUAUAGCCGUGUUUCUUCUAGCACAACUUCCUUCCCUUUACAGCGGUGCGCAUUCGUUCCUCCCUAACCAAAACUUAACGUCAGAAUCAGCUCAAUCGGCGAUUAUUGUAAAAUGCUGUCUUUACUGCUGCUACAUUGCGGGACAUGUUUGAUAAUAAAACGUUGAAAGCACAAUCAGCGCGAGACGCUGUUCCCCAGGAUGAAAUGUGUGUACGCGCCGCGCUCCAAAACGGACAAGCAAAUUACACUUUGAGCUUCAGGCGCAUCCAAACGAUCAAAUGCACACAAAAUGUCAAAAUGGCCAGCUACGAGAGUAUUCACUUAAACACAGUUUAUGUCUUAAGUGGACGAGAUCAGUUGGGAGAAAAUCCGAUGUGUGUCAAUAUUUUGUCUUAAAGUGACAGACUGGUGCUUGGGCCAUCAAUGUUAAAUAACAAAAUGCAAAGAGAAAAUCACCCACAGCUCUUAAUCUGAAUAACGUUAUAGCUUUAAUAAGCAUUAAUCUAUCAAUACAUACAGUGAAAAUUAUGCAGUGUUAUUUUACAUUUUAAUUUUUUUGUUUUACGUUUGAUUACUUUUAGAUUUCUUUUGUAGCUAUUACUUACCUGAACAUUAAUGUUAGUAGACCUUCAUGGAAAAAUGAAAGCACUGUUUAUUUCAUUUCAGUUAAUUUGUAUAUUUGUUUUAUUGUAUUUGUUGGUUUUUUUUUUACUUUGUUUCUUUGUUCAUGUUCUUACUGUAUCUUAUGUAUAUAAAACACUAAAAAUGCCUGCACACUGGUGCAUUUACAAAUUGAUGUUUUAUAUUAAUUUAAUUAAAUAUUUAUUUUACAUUUCAGAAUAUAAAGCAAUGUUAAUCCA